AUGCUAUUAACCUUCCUGGGUUUAACGCUUCUCUUCCUCCUGGGGUUGGCCUUUCGAUGGUGCAUGAAUCGUCAAACGGAGGAUUCCACUGCUGCUGGCUCAUAUUCACCUCCCAUUGGCUGUUAUUCCAAGGUUGGUGCUACCAUCCAAUUCGGAUCCACGUGGUUAUUCGCUCGUCAGGGUGCUCUCGUGGCCCGAUUUCCACGCGUGACCCUCCUUCUGACCGUCGCUCUACUAGCAGUCGCGUGUUGCGGUUUUCUGCGUUUCCGGGUCACCACAGACCCUGUUGAGCUCUGGAGUGAUCCCAAUUCUCGAGCUCGUCUCGAAAAGGCCUACUUCGAUGAACACUUUGGUGAACACAAAGGUGGUCUUAACGAUUGCAUGCCUGUGUGGUUUGGGGUUGGGGAUGGUCAAAUAAUCAAAGAAGCUGAAUGGGAUGGUGAAUCGGUGGAUGGUUUAACGAGCUCCUGA